CGACUCAGUAGAGAGAGGGAAAGAGGCUGGUGUUGACCUCUUUGUCUGACGUAACUGUAGAAGCUAAACCCAAAAUCAUACACUUAAAUCUGUCAAGUCAUAAAAGACAUUUUUUCUGGCUUCGCUCUUUCAUGUUGACCUCCAGAUUCCAGUCAUGUGUUUCCAUUGUCCAAUAGACAACAAAGGUGACGUGAGUGGGCUUUGGGAGACGGGGGAGGAGCGAGGACUCCGCUUUAAGACGGACCCGGGCUCAGGAACCGCCGCAGCAUCCUCCGUCGCCAUGGCGCCGCUGGAGGCAGCUGAGCUCUGCUUCCCGGAGCUCAACGCGUCCUGCAGGAAGCCGCAGCAGCGCCGCUCCGGCGCCGCGCCGCUCUCCGUGCUGCUCUCCUGCAUCUCUCUGCUCACGGUGCUGCUCAACCUGCUGGUCAUCGUCUCCAUCUCACACUUCAGGCAGCUCCACACUCCCACCAACCUCCUCCUCCUCUCUCUGGCCGUCUCUGACUUCCUGGUGGGUUUCCUGCUGAUGCCGGUCCGGAUCCUCCUUUUAGACGGCUGCUGGUUUUUAGGGAAUUCGCUGUGUGGGCUGUUCUACUACGUCUCCUUCGUCCUCACCUCAGCCUCGGUGGGGAACAUGGUGCUGAUAUCGGCUGACCGAUACGUGGCCAUCUGUGACCCCUUGGGUUACUCCACUAAGGUCACACAUGAGCGGGUUCGAGUGUGUGUGUGUGUGUGUUGGGCCUGUUCUGUCUCCUACAACGGUUCCAUUCUGCACGACUUCCUCAUGCACCCAGACGCAUAUAACUCCUGCUAUGGGGAGUGUGUGGCUGUCAUCAACUAUGUAACAGGAGCUGUAGACGUUGUGUUGACAUUUAUUGGUCCAAUCACAGUCAUCAUUGUUCUGUAUGUGAGAGUCUUUGUCGUUGCUGUGUCUCAGGCUCGAGCCAUGAGGUCUCAGAUCGUGUCGCUCCAGGGUUCGGUUGGUGCCGUCUCUAAGACGUCAGAGAGGAAAGCAGCUAAGACUCUGGGAGUGGUAGUGGUUGUGUUCCUGCUCUGCUUCUGUCCGUACUUCUACCCGUCUCUGGUGGGUCAGGACAUGUCCACCAGUGUGAUGUUUUCUGUUUUCGGCGUGUGGCUGCUUUACUGUAACUCCUGCCUGAAUCCAGUCAUCUACGCCCUUUUCUACCACUGGUUCAGGAAAUGUGUCAAGCUCAUAGUCACUCUUCAGAUCAUGCAGCCUGACUCCUGCGACGCCCACAUGCUUUAGACCUGCUCUUAUUCCUGUCGCCUGCUUUCUAUGAUUGCUUCUUCAUCUGGUCUUUUGUGGGGCCUUAUAUUAACUCUGGUGUCUCUUAUAGUUUGAUCCAGACGUCUCCACAAGCACCUGCUGAACUGAUCCAGACUCAGACCAAGCGAGCAUUAAACUGUAACAUUUAUGAAAACAAUUAGAUGUCCUGAUGAAUUUAAGAUUAGCAACAUCAGAUGUGUUUUUAUUUGACAUUUGACAGUAAAUGAUGCAAACCAUCUGCAGCCAACAUUAAUACAUUUGUUUCAUACAUACACUGCAGAAAAUAACACGUCAUAUAUGAUCAUGUAUAUUUCUUUAUUGGUUUGUUUGAACACAAGCAGAUGUUGUUGCUUCCAUGCUUCUGCUGAUGUGACCCUCUGUGUCAGCGCUGGCUCAGAUCUGUCCAAAUAUUCACACACCGGUAUUUAACAUACACGAGUUCAGGCACAUUGGCUCCAGGUCAUGGAACUGUUUUUAUGUUGUCAUACAUGUUGUUAUAGACCUGAUGUAAGUCAGAAACAGAUUUCAUCUGUGUAAAAGAAAAUCUCUUUAAAUAAAUAAUAAAAUAAUGACAUUUGUUGAUAGUGAUUAUUGGUUCUGUACUUUAGUUUCAUGUGCAUUCAUUUUUAUUAAAUAAA